GUUUGCUUCGUGCACACCGCUUCACUACUCGCUUACACAUAAAACCCCGAACAGUGUCUGUGCAUAUGAACUGACUGCUCUCUUAUAGGAUAUUAUCAAGUGCGAUAUGUGGGAUUCUAUUACAGAAAACUCCUGCGAACUUUGUUUUAACACCAGAUUUAACUCGAUUGAAAAAGACUCACCAUCCAAAAUGAACGAUCUAUCAAUGUACGAAUCUAACAGCCCUAUGGUAACCCAUUGCGAAUCGCCAUCUCAGUGCACGCAUAGUUUCAUACGCAGACCAUCUGAAGAUCACGAUUCUAACUCUCAAGAUUCUGGAUACAGCGCUAGUUUCCAGAGCGAAUAUGCCAAAUUCAUGACAUACGCUUCACAAAGCCGCGGUUCCUUUCAAUCGUUUGGCUCCUCAAUGGAGGAUGAAUCCCUCGAGGAUUUCUCUGACGUACAGCCUUUGGGAAACCAGGAGAACAACCUCCCAACUGACUUCGCCAAAUUGAUUGACGGCCCACUGAUCGACAGACCAAAAUUGACCGAGAACAAGCAAGAAUCCGUCAUCAGGCCUUUAUUCCGUCGUGCUCUAUCACUUUACAACCCAACCACCACCACCACCAAAAUUACUCCAAACAGCAGCAGAGUGCGUUCGUGCUUGUUCAAGGAGAACCUAGAGGUCCGCUCGUUUAAAAGACCCGAACCACCAACUGCCGGCGAAUUCAACAUCAUCAAAAAAUCCAAAAUCUUCGAUGAAGAUGAUGGCAAUGUACCAGUUGUACCCACCAGACCCACAUUACAAAGGCAUUUCUCCGCCACUGAAGAAAGCAUCAUGUCAGCCGUACAAAGAUCAGCCGUAUCGAACGAUUUGAUCGGCGAUUUCAGCAAGAGUUUCUGUUUACCACUUACUGAUGGUCGCCAUCAAGAUUUGAAAGCUAUAACACCAUCAACUUUGGCUGGAUUAAUCAACGGGGAAUACGAUCACAGUGUGGCUUCAUACAAAGUCAUCGACUGUAGAUAUCCAUACGAAUUUGAUGGAGGUCAUAUCGCCGGUGCUUUAAACGUCUACACCAAGGAGCAAUGCUUGGAGUUGUUGGAGCAAAACAAAGUUUCCGAACAACAUGCCAACAAACGUCACAUCUUGGUCUUCCAUUGCGAGUUCAGCAGUGAACGUGGCCCUAACCUAUACAGAUAUAUCCGCAAACAAGAUCGCCAAAAGAACAUGCAAGAAUAUCCAGCUCUUACAUUCCCAGAAAUCUAUCUGCUCGAAGGGGGCUACAAAAACUUCUUCCAAGAUCAUUCCGAUAUGUGCAUCCCGAUUGCCUACAAACAAAUGUUGCACCCGGAGCAUGAAGAAGACCUUCGUCAUUUCAGGCAAAAAUCCAAGACCUGGAAUAGCGAUACGCGCUGUUCGAGGCCACAGUACAACAGAUCAAAACGCUUUGCUCGUUUAGAUGUCUAAGGGUUGGAUGAUCAACCAAAAAUCAGUACAAAUAUGUGUGUGAGUGUGAGUGAAUAAAAUCUUAUGAUUUUAUUAUUGCUGUACAAAGUUGGGCCACAUUGGCCCUGAAUAAAGACCAAGUCUUUCUGUAUUAAAUAUUGUAUAUAAGAGUUAUAUAAGAGCUCGGCAUUAAGAAUGUACAGAGCAGUUUGCA